AUGUCACACAAACACGACCACAGUGAUGUCACACAGUCCCUCAAGCACGAUGCUGAGAACCCUGAGCAACAUGCUUUACAUGUAUGGCAGCAUUAUAUUAAAGCUGCCAAAGCCAAACACAUUGCCAUUAUUGCUCACAGUUAUGGAGGCUGUGUCACCACUGCUCUGUUUCAACAUAAGAAGAAAGAAUUCAAGAAGCGAGUGUUUGCAGUAGCCAUGACAGACUCGGUGCACUUCUUACCCAGUUCUGAUGCUUUCACAGAAUUAGUUAAAAUAUCCUGCAACUGGGUCUGCAGCCAAAAGCCACUGGACACACCCGUUGGCACACAUUCGAGGGAUAUCAAAAGGGUGUCUUCAGGUGUGACCGUACACGAGAUGACGUCUUGGGCCAGCUUCCAGAGUAUCUUCAAGUUCCUAGACAAGCGCCUGAAUGCAGUGAAGCGUGGCGGUGAUCCUGGCGAAUCCACCACCGACAAUGCUGUCGAAUCCACCACCGACAAUGCUGUCGAAUCCACCACCGACAAUGCUGGCGAAUCCACCACCGACAAUGCUGGCGAAUCCACCACCGACAAUGCUGUCGAAUCCACCACCGACAAUGUUGGCGAAUCCACCACCGACAAUGCUGGCGAACCCACCACCGACAUUGCUGUCAAAUCCACCACCGACAAUGCUGGCGAAUCCACCACCGACAAUGUUGGUGAAUCCACCACCGACAAUGCUGGCGAAUCCACCACCGACGAUGUUGGCGAAUCCACCACCGACAAAGCUGGCGAAGAAGAAAACGAUGCCCCCGUAAUGAACAAUAGCUCUCAGGACGGUCAAGCUGACGGUGCCAGUAAGAGUAGCGGCGGCCAUGGGGACGCUCCUGCCAAUGGUAAAAGGCAUGAGCAUCCCGCUAGAAGGUAUGGCGGCCAUGACAUGAGUGAUGAUGAGGAGUGUAAGGCUCACGGCAAAAAGAAAAAAACUAACACGUUGAGUUAAGACUUAUAUACCCGGGAGUAGUAGUACAGUAGUUGUGGUAGAGGUCGGAGCCAAUGGCGAUGCCACAAAUUGUCACAUGCUAUUAACAUUAUUGGUAAGGACUGCUGGUGAUUAUGUUGUUGUUGAUGAUGACUUUUAACAAGUAUAGUAUAGUAUAGUAUCGUUAAUAUUGAUAUCAGUAAUAUUGAUUCUGGUCAUGACAAAGAAACACUCGUUGUCAGGAUUAAGCGUUAUAGAUGUUCGAGUUCAUGAUAUACUGAAAAUAGUGAUGGUGAUCGUAAAAAUGGGUGAAGGUAAUGAUAAAAUCGUAACUUAUAGCGGUGAAGAUGACGCUGAUGAGAGUAAAUUGUGAGGAUGUUGCAGGUAACAAGAAUGAUGAAGUUUGUGGAGGUAGCCCUAACAAUUUGCAUAAAUAAUGAUUCUGGUGAAAACAAUGAUGAUAACACCUGAGAGAAGAAGGUAAAUAAUAUCCAUAAUUUGUUGGUAGAGUUUAUGGUGGCAGGGUGGGGGUGUGUGUCUAGGGGAA